AGAAGACAACACCAUGGUCUCCAUGGGCAUGCAGAUGGCCGGCUGCGUCCUGGCUCUUUUCGGCUGGAUCGGUGUGCUGAUCGUGUGCGGCUCGCCCAUGUGGAGGGUGACCGCCUUUAUCGGCAGCAACAUCGUCACGUCUCAGACCAUAUGGGAAGGUCUGUGGAUGACCUGCGUGGUCCAGAGCACGGGACAGAUGCAGUGUAAGGUCUACGACUCCUUGCUGGCCCUCACCACUGACCUCCAGGCCGCCCGGGCUCUGGUGAUGGUCUCCAUCUUAGUCGGCGUGGCGGGACUCCUGGUCGCCUUUGCCAGCGGGAAGUGCACCAGCUUCAUUUCGGAUGAACGUGCCAAGGCGAGGGCGUCUGUAGCCGGCGGUGUCCUGCUGAUCAUCAGCGGAUUGUUGUGCAUUAUUCCCGUGUCCUGGACCGCCAGCAUCAUCAUCAGGAACUUCUACAACCCUUCCUUGGUGGACGCCCAGAGGAGGGAGCUGGGGUCCUCCCUUUACAUCGGAUGGGGGGCGGGAGGGCUGCUGCUGUUGGCAGGGGCCCUCCUGUGCGCCAGCUGCGUCCCUAAGAGGAAUGAGGCAACCGAUUACCCUCUGAACAGGUCCAUGGUAGAAUACAGUCCACCGUACUCAACGGGCUCGUACGCGGAGACAAAGACUUACAUUUGAGCUUCCAGAGACGCAGAAAAUAAAAAACGGACAAUGAAGGACUUUUAGUCCACAAGCAGGACUUUUAUUUAUGAUUGAACGGAUGAUGAUGCUUCCGCCUGACAUGAUGUUACUUAUCUUACAACAUAUAUCCUUAACUUUGGUUCCAGGAAACUCAAACCAUAUUCUUUCCACGGUAUAACGUGUUUAUCAGGCAUGAUUUCAUCAGAAUAAAUUAUCUCUUGCAUGUUCUCGUGUGUUUUGAAACAUUUCCCCUCGGGUUAUUUGAACUCCACGCUGGAUAGAACCUGUUUGUCCGCUCCUGACUCAGGGAUCACGAUCCGCUUUGGGAGCAAACUGAAUGGUGACUCAGGCACUCACAAUCUCUGACAAAACAUUGCCUUAUUUUUUCAAGUUUCACACUUCUGAUGUUAGUUUCACUAAAGACACUUUUUUUUACACUUACUUUUUGUUGAUCCUGACCACUUUCUGUCAUAUUUCCAUCAUUCAUUGCAUACUGUACAUCUGAUAUCAAGGUGUUGGUUGGUGAUACUUAAGCUGUAUGUAUUUAGCGCCCUCUGAUGGCAAUUUUGGUCCAUUCCAGCACAAACCUAAUACAUGUGGAGAGUUACAGUAUGUUGUGUAAAAUAACUGAGUGGACAGAAGGAUAU